UCACCACCGCCAACUUAACCACCGACUAACCCACCCACCUCUGCCAUACAGAUGGACACGGGUAGCGGCAAGACUCGGGUUGCCGUGCUUCGAAUCAUGGUCGAACUCGAACGGAGUGAAAAGAGAGUCUGGUUCUUGACCCCAACAGUGCCGCUAGCCUUACAGCAGUUCGAGGUUCUCCAGGCCGAGAUCCCCGCUGUCCAGUGUAGGCUCAUCUGCGGCCUUGACAAUGUCGAAGCAUGGUCUGAGCAGCGCGUGUGGGAUGCUGUUCUCUACAACGUCCGCGUCGUCGUCUCCACCUUCAAGAUCCUGUUCGACGCGGUGAGCCAUGCCUUUGUCAGGCUCAGUUCUCUCAGUCUCAUCGUGAUCGACGAAGCACACAACUGUAUCAAGAAGAACCCCGUUGCCAGGCUCAUGAAUGAGUUCUACUGGCCAGCAAAGCAAAUCGGCCAUGAGGUACCCCAUAUCCUGGGGCUAACGGCCAGCCCCUUGGUGACAUCUAAAGCUGAAGAACUCGAAGUUCUUGAGACGACAUUGGACGCCAUCUGCCGGAGGCCCAACAAGCAUCGGGACGAGCUGAUUGCCCAGGUGAAUCGGCCUGAUAUGAUCGCCACGCCGUACGGAAGCCUCUUAGAUGUGGCCGCCUACGGCGGCCCAACUUCGAGCAUGUCCAGUCUGAAGAAGGCCUACCUCGAGUUGGACAUCAAAAAGGACCCGUAUAUUGUACCCCUGCUUGCAACCAACACGCUGCAAAGUCGAGCAAAACUCCGAGAAGCUCUCAUCAAGCGCAAUACUUACGCACAGAGACAGAUGAAAGCGUUUUGUGCUAGGGCCUGGGAGAUGUGCGUCCACCUUGGCCCCUGGGCCGCCGACUAUUAUAUACACCGGACCAUCUCGGGAUUUCUUACAGGCUCCGGCACGUCGGACAAGCCUCUCGAAGGAUGGACGGAUGAGGAGAAGAAGUAUCUGGCCACAGCUUUUCGGAGUGUAGACGCCCCGCAGUCUUCUGAGGAGCCCACCAGAUUAUCCGCAAAGGUGGAUGCUCUGCUCGACAUACUCGAUUCGCAUUCGGGAAGCCCGGUAGGUAUUGUGUUUGUCAAGGAAAGGGCGACCGCUGCCGUCUUGUCUCAUAUUCUCUCCGUCCACCCUCGAACCAAAGACCGCUACCGAGUCGGCUCCAUGGUGGGAACCUCCAACUCCCCGGGCCAGAAACAAGACUUUCUAGACCCGAGCCAGAAGGAUUACUCGCUUUCUCUCCAGCGCUUCCGCAAAGGCAAGACCAAUCUUUUGGUAGCGACAAGCGUGAUCGAGGAAGGCAUUGACAUCCCCGCCUGCAACCUCGUCAUCUGCUUUGACAAGCCCGAAAACCUGAAGGCCUUCAUCCAGCGCCGUGGACGAGCCAGGAUGUCGACCUCGCAGCUGUACCUCAUGCUCCAAGACACGACAGACCAGUCGGCGACAGAAUGGCAACGCCUCGAGGAGGAAAUGAAGCGCAUGUACGAGGACGAGAUGCGUCAGAAGAAGAUGCUCGAAGAGCUCGAGUCGUCGGAAAUACCAGAAUACCCCGUCUUGGAAGACGAAGUUACCGGGGCGCGUCUCACGAUAGACGACGCCAAACAACAUCUCGAGCACUUCUGCGCCACCAUAUCCACGCGCGAGUUUGUCAACUGGAGCCCCUUCUACGUUGUCCACAGUCUGGACGGGUCGCCCAUCGACAACUCAAGGCCGUCUCUCCUGAAAGCAACCGUCCACUUGCCAGUAUCCCUAGCCCCCGAAGUGCGCCGCGCCGAGAGCCUUCGUGCCUGGAACUCCGAGGCCAAUGCCUGCAAGGAUGCCGCAUUUCAAGCUUAUGUUAACCUCUACCGUGCCAGCCUGGUGAAUCAUAACCUCCUGCCCCUCACCCAUUCCAAGCUGCUAAAGGGGGCUGAGGCGCGCCUCGGCUUGGCUAUUGUCAAGGCCCAAAUGAAUCCCUGGCCCGAGGUCGCGAAUGCCUGGCGCAACAACGGAGAGCUCUUUAAGCGUCGGCUGACCGUCUCGAGCCUGGAGAGCUCAGCUCGUGUUGAGUUUGAGAUGGCGCUCCCUAUCCCGAUUCCCCAUGUGCCUGAUUUCACGCUGCACUGGGACUACCGUUCCUCGUGGCUUAUUUCAAUGGUACCGGGUGGCGUGGCCAGCAGCCCAGCGGUGGGCGGCGGUAGAGCAGGGCAAUCAACCGCUCUGCUUGAAAUGGCAUUUGGCCAUCGCUGGCUAGUCGAAAACAAGCAGUAUCCCAUCCAGCUCGUCUCGUUGGAACGCGACUUGAGCGUCGAGGACGUCGGAGCGAAGGACUUCGACGUCGGGCUGGCCGAGAACCUCCUUGCAACCAACCUGCUCCGGGGCCGUCACCGCCCGUUCUUCUUCCUCGGCCACUUACCUGCCAAACCUCCGGCGGCUCUAGUAAAACGGCUGCAGACGGACUUCGACUCAUUGCCAGAGGACGUGCCCUAUGUCGUUGUCAAGGACUGGCCCAAGAAAGCCGGUUUGUUCCACCUCAACAACAACCCCGUUCUUCAUCCAAACCCAAACCCCCAGCCGCCCAGCACCAAGCCCUAUCACCAGGUGCUUCCUGCGGACCGAGUCAAGGUGGAUGAUGUCCCGGCUGUGUACUCGCAGGUAGGGAUGAUGAUUCCCGCAAUCACUCAUGCGCUCGAGGUCUACUUGGUCGCGGCAGAUCUGCUCGAGUCACGUCUAGAAAAGACGGGUAUCACAGACUUGUCUCUCGUGGCAACAGCCAUCACCGCCAGCGCUUCUCGGGGUCUAGGCGACUACGAGCGCAUAGAAUUCCUCGGAGACUCGAUCCUUAAGCUCUGUGCCACGAUCGACUGCACUGCUGAGAAUUUGCACUUCCCAGAAGGCUACCUCUCGCUCUUGAAGGAGAAGAUUGUCUCCAACUCAAGACUCUUUCGGGCCGCCACCCAAUUUGGCCUCGACAAGUACAUUAUCUUGAAGUGUUUCACGCAUCAGAAGUGGCGGCCGACAUACGUCGAGGACCUUCUCGAACAACCCCCAUCCAUCACUGGAACGAGGAAAAUUUCUACCAAGACAGUCGCAGACGUCGUCGAAGCCCUCAUCGGCGCCUCCUUCAUCAGCGGAGGAAUUUCGAAGGCGCUGGCGUGCAUGUCUCUCUUCCUGCCCGAGCGGAAGUGGCAAAGCAUCGAAGCCGGGCGCGAAGCCCUAUACAAAAAUGCCCCUGCAAAUGACCCCCUGCCCAUCACGAUACAGCCAGUCGAGCAGCUCAUAGGCUACACAUUUUCCAAAAAGUCGCUGCUCACCGAGGCUCUCACCCAUCCCUCGUACAAGCCCCCCGUCCUCCAGCGCCAAGACCUCUCCGGCGCCAUCAUCUCCCUCGACCGCGCCGAGUUUCUCGGCGACGCCAUCCUCGACCACAUCGUGGUGACGAAGAUCUUUGCCGUCAACGACCCAAGGCCCCUGACGCAGUCCGAGAUGCACCUGCUGCGCACGGCGCUCGUCAACGCCGACAUCCUCGCCUUCCUAGCCAUGGAGUGGAGCAUCACCCAGAACCGCUUCGACAUCACAGCCGGCCCUGGGCCCAGCGGCAGCGAGGCUGAGGGUGGGUCAGAGCCGCCGCUGUCUCUCAUGCCCUUCACGGUCGAGCUACCGUUGUGGAGCUUCAUGCGUCACGGCUCGAGCGAAAUAGCGCUCAUCCAGCGCGCGACCAAGCAGCGCUACGCUGAGCUGCGCGGCGACAUCCGCGCUGCUAUGCGCACGGGCUCCCACUACCCCUGGGCGCUGCUCGCGCGCCUGCAGGCGCAGAAGUUCUUCUCGAACAUGUUCGAGGCCGUCCUCGGCGCCGUGUGGGUCGACUCAGGCUCGCUCGCCGAGUGCGAGAAGCUCGUCGAGCGCGCCGGCAUCCUGCCGUACCUGCGCCGCAUGCUCGCCGACAAGGUCCACGUCCUCCACCCCAAGGAGGAGCUCGGCCACCUCGCCAUCAGCGAAAAGGUCGACUACGUCAUCGCCACCUCGCCCUCGCCCUCGCCCUCCGACAGCGGCGACGUGGUCUUCUCGUGCAGGGUCCUCGUCGGCGGCCGCUGCGUCGCCGACGUCGCCGGCGGCAUGAGCAGGGAGGAGGUCCGCGUGCGUGCGGCCGAGGAGGCGUGUCGGUUUUUGAAGAGUCGGGGAGCCGCUGCUGGUGGUGUCUAACUGAUAUGGUUGUUUUCUGGGGGAGCACGUCUAAAUUCGUGCGUUAAACUUUUGAGAUUUAAGGGGUCUUGUUUCGCAGAGCGUUCUUUGCCGAUCUGGCCAAUAUAUCCAUUUUCAGUAGUUACAAAGCCGUAUGUCAGUGGUAUAUGUAGACAUUUUGCCAGCCACCGACAUUCAUUCCAGUGUCCAAAGUCAAUAAUACUGUGUUAAUUUCUGAAAUGACUUACAACUAGC